GUUGUGCCAUUAACUAUGUUGCUCCACGUUGUUCUUUGCUUAGGUACCAGCGCCUUCAAGUCACCGGACGAAUUCAAAGUCUCUCUCCCCCUCCGCACCAAUUACCUGUACGGGAAGGUGAAGAAGACGCUGCCGGAGUUGUACGCCUUCACCGUCUGCUUGUGGCUGAAGUCGAGUGCCUCGCCCGGAAUCGGAACGCCCUUCUCUUACGCCGUCCCCGGCCAAGCGAACGAAGUGGUCUUGAUCGAAUGGGGGAACAAUCCCAUCGAACUGCUCAUCAACGAUAAGGUCGCGCAGCUCCCCCUCUUCAUCAGCGCUUACGGAGAGAGUAGCACCCACAUCUGCGUGGCGACGUGGAUCUAUGCGGAGACAUCAAUGUGGGAAGCCUUUCAGGACGGAGAGAAAACUGGCACCGGGGAUAACCUGGCGCCUUGGCAUCCCAUUAAACCAGGAGGGGUCCUGAUCCUUGGCCAGGAGCAGGACACCGUCGGCGGACGGUUCGACGCGACGCAAGCCUUCGUGGGCGAGAUGAGCCAGUUCAAUAUAUGGGACAGGGUCUUGAAGCCCGAAGACGUCAUGACUAUCGCGAACUGCUCCGCCAAUAUGCCCGGGAACAUCAUCCCGUGGAUCGACAGCAACGUCGACGUGUUCGGCGGCGCAACAAAGUGGCCCGUGGAGUCGUGCGAAGAGCGCCUGCUAGAUCUAUAGCCAACGACCCAUCCUCCGUUUUAAGUGCCCUGUUUUUAUCAAGACAAUCUCUCGUGGGCUCCGAGGCGCCCGCUCUCCUGAAUAUCACCCCUUGAACGAUCGUUGUUCUAAUAACUGUUUAGUAAGCUGCCAGGUACGGAUUCCCCUGUUCUUCGGACGCAGUCCUCUGUGCUUGUUCUGAUCCUGCCAGAGGGCUUUCUGGGCAGCAUGAAUGUAAAUCUUGGGGGUUAUUUCCACACCCGAGUGUGACCCACUUGAACGUGUCUCUUCUAGCUUCCGUUGGCUUCGGUUCGCCGUUUGGAGCAGUAGUACGUUCCCCAUGCCAAUAUUUUAUCCCCGUCCAUCAUAAAAAGGAUAUCCUUCUUGUAUCAGUGACACAUAACACUGAGUUGUGUGCAGAGGGGUGUAAUCUAAAGGUGGGAACUCGAUAAAUUGUUUCAGUGCAUCAGAGCCUCCUGUCCCCAUAGGAACUAUAACUGGUGUGUAUCACGAGCACAGGAUACAUAACCCCAAUUUUUCCACCCUGGCAGGGACUGGGCAUUUGGAGGAAAUAGGGGGGGCAUUAUUUUGGUAGCAUCUGCCACCACAGAACCAAGAUCGACUGAGGUUAAGCUGCGGCCAUCAUUUUGUGGCUGGCUCCGCCUCCUGAGGCAACCAUUUUGUGUCAGAAUUCCAAGCGUCAGGCUCCAAAAGGUUAGGGAUUUCACCUUUGUAGAUGGAACCCAUGCCAGCCCUUCACUGCUCCCUCCCUUGAGUUGAAGACUGCCUGCGGGAGAGCUAGCCCAUCAGGAAAGUAGGGGGUUUGGUCUACACGUUAGCUUUCUACUUGAAGGGAAUGAGGGGACCGCUCAAAACCACACACGUUCCCACAGAGUGGGAAAAGCUGGGCCUACAGUGAAGAAAAAAAGCUACCGUUGACAGGUUUUGGAGAAAGUAGGUUACAACUCUCUCUACACAAAUAAAGCAAAUGCACCCCCCGGUUUCAAGGACCGGCAACAUUCCCCGGUUUAUUUCAGUGGGAGAAGUAGACGGAAAGGUUUUUAGUUCAGCCUGCUCCGUCUUCUUUACUGACAGGCUACAGGUAUAUUUUUCCUAGUGGGCCUCACAGCCAACUUCCUGGGGUCGUUUCAUGUUGUCUGUUGGGGGGAAGCUAGCACCCGAUCCAAAUUGGGCCCUAUCCAUACCUGGGAAUUCAGAUCUGAGCCAAGAAAUCCCAACGGACAUUUUUCCAUAGGCUCUGCGGGACUUUGUAACAUCUGAUUAGGCCGGAUGGUUGGAUUUCAAGAAGGAUCAUUAGGAAAGGAAUUGAGAAUAAAACUGCAAAGAUUGUCAUGCCCUUAUAUAAAGCAGUGGUGCGACCGCA